CCUCUCUAACGUAGAAGCAAGCUAAGUGUCGUGAUUAGUCUGAUUCAUAUUCCAAACGCAGUUUUAAGAGCCAGCAAAAGGAUGCAGACGGUAUCGGUGGACGAGACCAAAAACACGGUGGUGCUACGCGCUGAGCACCGGGACGAGGAAGGUCGGAAAGCUGUUGAUAAGUUCGAGUUGAAGACACGAAACCCGGAGACGAUCAAGCAAGUUGAGAAGAAGCUGAUGGAGAAAGGCGUGCAACGGAUGGAGAGGCACCCAGCCGACGGGAUCCCGCUCAAGAAACAGCCCAAGUCCGGCCACGGUGGGAAGUACACGUGGGAGGGGCCUGACCGGGUGGAGGAUUACGAGAUGCAGCCGGAUCCGCCGGCCAUGGACGAAGGUGAUCCGAACUACGACGAGGAGCAGGCGAAGAAGAAUACCGGUGGUGGUGGUGAUGACGUGGCGGUGGAGCUUGUGAAAGGAGAGGUUGAGGUGGCCAAAGAAGCGCCGACAGGUGUUGCCAGGGUCGAGGUCGAUCCUCGCUUGAUCAGCUCUCCUUGAGCAAGCAAGAAAAUGUUGGGGUCAAUGUGAGAAGGAAGAUGUACUUUCGGGGUUUGAUUUCUAAUUUCGAGCUGUUAUGUUUUAAUGUAUUAGCGACGUGGAACCCUAUUUGUGUAAAGAAAUAAUAUUCUCACAUGGUUACUUCUUCUC